GACGCUGUGAGGCCACGAGGAGCAUCGAGAGGGCGGAAGUGACGUAGCGGAAGCGAAGCGGCGGCCGCCAUAGCAACGGCGGGAUGAACGCGCCUCCGGCCUUCGAGUCCUUCCUGCUCUUCGAGGGCGAGAAAAAGAUCACCAUCAACAAGGACACCAAGGUGCCCAACGCCUGCCUGUUCACCAUCAACAAGGAGGACCACACGCUCGGGAACAUCAUCAAGUCGCAGCUGCUCAAAGACCCGCAGGUGCUGUUCGCAGGGUACAAGGUCCCACACCCUCUGGAACAUAAAAUCAUCAUCCGUGUGCAGACCACGCCCGACUACAGCCCCCAGGAAGCUUUCACCAAUGCCAUCACAGACCUGAUCAGCGAGCUCUCCCUCCUGGAGGAGAGGUUCAGGGUUGCUAUUAAGGACAAACAAGAAGGAAUUGAGUAAAAUGGAGCAGACUGCUACUUCUGAGGCAGAAUGCUGUGUCUGUUACUGGAUGAAAUAUUUAAACCUCCAUUCAUGGAAAAUAUUUUCCCCCUUGUCCCACUUCUGUUUAAUUUUUGACAGCAAUAUUUUGAAUUUUGGUUUGGUUUUUUUUUUCAUAGCAGACAGGCACUUGGCCAAGAGGAAAAAUGUCACAUUGGAUUUGGUGGAUAAGUCAUUAAAGUGAAUUUUAGUUUUCUAAUCGGAGCCUUAAUGCAAAUAUUUGUCCUGGGCUGUUGGGGAGGGUGUUGUGGGUAGGAUUCCAGCAGGAGAAGCUGCUCAGUGACAGCUGUAGGUGAACUCCCUGCUUCUCCUGCCAAAAAGUCCAGGCACUGCCAGCUGAACUGGUACUUUGUUUUAUUAAGUGUCAUUUCUAUAAAACAAAUGCACAAAUUGUGAAAACUUACAGUAAAAGAAACCGGAUGUUUACAAUGAACUGAUGAGUUUAACAAA